ACCAAAGCACGAGAACCAUACCGGCGAACCAUUUUCUGGUCCUGCGAGCAUAGAUUGGGACUUGAUUCCCAACCCUUUCCCCUACUCAAAAGUCCUUCGAAGCAAUUUCCAACCCUUGCCAGUUUCGAAUUCCAAAGCUCGAUUCAGCGGUUACCUGCUUCUCCAGAAUCCCCGGAACCCGAACCACGGCUCUCGAUCCCCGUACUCCCCGACCCGGCAACCCAAACCACGGGCGCUGCCCUCCUACAGAUAUUCCAGAAGUUCAGACCGAGACUGUCUCACCAACGAGGCAUGCUGAACGAGACAUCCAACCCCGACGGAGCCCACAGACUACGACAGUGUCUGGGAUAUGAAUCCGUCGACCAGACCCGCGGGUAUCAGGGUCUAUAUCCGGCAUCGUUCUGGAACGGUGGUAGGGCUGAGUUGAGACACGCCAGGAGGACUACAUUUUCGAACGAAGCGGUCUGGUUCCACCUUCGACAUCUGGGCCGCAUUAUUCUCAACCACCAAAACAUCGGCUUGCAGUCGGUACUCACAACCACUGCAAUCAUCUCGUUUCCAAGACUUUGGAUAUCACCCUCGUCUCGUCCCAUCGCCAACCCGCACCCCAGUCCGCCACCCCUCCCAAAAUCUCACCACACAUUCCGAACCGAGCCAACUGGGCUAACCCCGCAUACAGCUAAGCCUAGCACGCAGGCCCGGCCCGCCCGCCUCCACACCCGUGGCGGCGCUUACUUCUCGCUUUCCGGCGCCCGCAAGCCAGCAACCAGGAAACGAUUCAGGGGUUUGAAGGAUCUGGCAUCCAACACGAGUAUUGUCCCGCUCACUCGCUCACUCGCUCGCUUCCCGAGGAUACGUAUCCUUGAAGCCAAGCCAAAUAACGUCGCACGCGUAAACCCCCGGGGCUACAUGCGUUAAGCCUUUGCAACGUAUAUACGCUGGUGUGCCCGUCCACGGUGCAGCAAGGACAGAAUCGUGCUUCGGAGGUUCGGACACGUAAAAGGUCGACGUGCUGGGGUCUCGAAACAAAGUUCCGCGGUUUGGACGGUGCGGUACGGGAGCAGGCAAGACCUGCGUGAGCCGUGCUUUGACGGACGGCGGAAUGGGUCGUACCACGGGGGCUUGAUGGGGUGUGGUGCGCGGAGGGGGAAGGUGGGUGGUUGAGUAGUUGGUCAGGUGGGAAACGUGCGAUGUAGAUCGUAGUCGAAAAGAAAGGUGUGACGCGUAGGAGCUUAAUGAAGAGGUUUGGCUGUGGUUGAGGAGUUGGAGAGACUCUGUGUAGUCGAGGACGCGAAAAAAAAGAAAAUGGUGUCUCGUUGAAGGUGGUUUGGCGUGGAUUUCUGAUUUGGCUUCUGGGUUGACUUCUGAAGGUGGUGUGUGGAUAGCCUAAUAUGAAUCUGACUUUCCG